AUGCCCCUGCAUCACAUCACGCACCUCACGCUCCAACCCAUCCGCACCUACCGCCCGCGCAGCCCGCCCACGCCCGCACCGAGCAUGACCACCACCACCACCACCACAAAGAAGCGCUCGCGCGACUUCCUGCCCGACGACCGCGACGGCCUGGACGAGCAGACGACGAUUGUGCACAGCCCCGUCUCGUACACGCCGCCCGUGUCGCCGGGCGCCGAGAGGCGCGUGCGGAGCAGGGGCAGCUAUCGCAGCGAGAGGGGGAGUGCUGGGGGUAGCUAUAGAGAGGAGAGUAGGGGCAGCAGGGGCAGCUAUGGGGAGGAGGGGAGGGGGAGUGGGGGGAGUUAUAGGGAGGAGAGAGACGGGGGUACGCCGAGUGGCAGCCCGCCGAGGGAUGUGGAGAGGCCCGUCCAGAAGGAUCAGAGCCCACCGUACGAUAACCACCACGACCACGACCACGACCACGACCACGACCACGACCUAGACCACGAACCCGCCUCCCCCACCCCGCGACCAAAGCCCCCCCGCACCACCACCACCACCACCACCACAUCCCCACCCCACGACCCCCCCGCAACACCCCCCUCCGCGCAACCGCAACCUCCCCCCCUCCGCGACAGCACCACUCCCACCCCCAGUCCCCCCCGUCCCGAGCCCCAGCGACAGCAUUCACAAACCCCGCCACCACCACAAAACCAAACCCUACCCCCAAAAUCACCACCAGCAGAACCCCUAGCAGAAAAAGAAAAAGAAAAAGAGCCACCACCAGCAGCAGCAGCAGCCCCCGAAACCGACGACCUGCUGCUGCAGCUCCCGCCCCACGACUGGCCCUCGUUCCUGGCGCGCUUCACGGCCGCGCUGCACGCCGUUGGCGACGAGAAGGAGCGCAUUGCGCGCGAGCUGGACAUGUGGAACUGGAUGUACGAGAUCUGGAGCACCUCGCGCGACCGCGACGACACGCGCCGGCUCAGCAGGGAGAUGGCGACGAUGGUGCAGUGGACGCAGAUGAAGGAGGAGGAGCUGGAGCGCGCGCGCGAGGAGCAUACGAGGAGCAUGUUGGCGAUUUCGUCGGUGUUGGGCAUUGCGCCGAGUGGGGGGCCGCCGGGGAGGCGGUAG